GACCUCUGUCAUGGCGGCGUCUGGUGCUCUGACACCGGUGAGGAAACGCGAUGCUGGGGUUUUUGUCCGCGCGACAGGUGGGUUUAGAGGACCCUGUUCGCCUCCGGAGAGCAGAGUCUACACGGAGGGUUUUGGGACUGGAGUUAAACAAAGACAGAGAUGUUGAAAGAAUCCAUGGCAGUGGAGUUAACACCCUUGACAUCGAACCUGUUGAAGGGCGAUACAUGUUAUCAGGUGGUUCAGAUGGUGUGAUUGUGCUUUAUGACCUUGAGAACUCCAGCAGACAACCUUAUUACACAUGCAAGGCGGUGUGUUCCAUUGGCAGAAACCAUCCUGAUGUUCACAAAUACAGUGUGGAGACGGUACAGUGGUAUCCUCAUGACACUGGCAUGUUCACAUCAAGUUCGUUUGACAAAACUCUGAAAGUAUGGGAUACAAAUACAUUACAAACUGCAGAUGUAUUUAAUUUUGAGGAAACAGUUUAUAGCCAUCACAUGUCUCCAGUCGCCACCAGGCAUUGCUUGGUAGCAGUUGGUACUAGAGGGCCGAAAGUACAACUUUGUGACUUAAAAUCGGGAUCCUGUUCUCACAUUCUACAGGGUCACAGACAGGAAAUAUUGGCAGUUUCCUGGUCACCACGCUAUGAUUAUAUCUUAGCAACUGCAAGUGCUGACAGCAGAGUAAAGUUAUGGGAUGUGAGGAGAGCAUCAGGAUGUUUGAUUACUCUUGAUCAGCAUAAUGGGGAAAAGUCACAAGCUGUUGAAUCAGCAAACACUGCUCAUAAUGGGAAAGUUAAUGGCUUAUGUUUUACAAGUGAUGGACUUCACCUCCUCACUGUUGGUACAGAUAAUCGAAUGAGGCUCUGGAAUAGUUCCAGUGGAGAAAACACACUAGUGAACUAUGGAAAAGUUUGUAAUGACAGUAGAAAAGGAUUGAAAUUCGCUGUCUCCUGUGGCUGCAGUUCAGAAUUUGUUUUUGUACCAUAUGGUAGCACCAUUGCUGUUUAUACAAUUUACUCAGGAGAACAGAUAACUAUGCUUAAGGGACAUUAUAAAAAUGUUGACUGCUGUGUAUUUCAAUCUAAUUUCCAGGAACUUUAUAGUGGUAGCAAAGACUGCAAUAUUCUUGCUUGGGUGCCAUCUUUAAGUGAACCAGUUCCGGAUGAUGAUGAGACUGCAACCAAAACACAACUGAAUCCAGCAUUUGAAGAUGCUUGGAGCAGCAGUGAUGAGGAAGGAUAGUACUGCUGUGCCUCUUCUGAUGAAACUUUUUAAAUGGAACUAUUCAUGUGUGUUUUGUUUUUUUAACUGUUUGAUCUAUUUCAGACAACUAAAUUAGCCCUGAAUUGGGGUGAUUUUUUUCCCCUGUGUUUGAAAAUAAGAUUAACAUUUGCCAAAAGUCCUAAAACAAUUCUGCAGUGUAUUUAAUCAAAACAUACCUCUUUGAUCACAGUUGCUGUGGCCUGGGACCGCCCUUCUUGUUGCAGUGCAAGAGCACAAGUCCUUGUGCUUCAGAUGACAACUGCAGAUUUUAUGAACCGUAAGAUGCAAUCUCAGAAGACCUGCAAAUGGAGGUGAUCAGCACGGACUUUCUCCUUUUGGCUGAACCCCUUCAAGAAUGAUUUCAUCAAGUAUGAUUGCAUCAAAGAUAGUAAUUGUGAUUAUAGCAUCAAGAUUAUUCUUUCUUAUUCAUACAUCCAGCAUUUUACAGUAAUUUCAUUUAACUGACCAUCGUCUAACUUUAUGUCAAACAUUUUUGGAUUUGCUGUCUCCCACAAUCUAAAAUGUUCAUCAUAGGAAGCAGUGGGAGGGGGAAUCCCUUGUUUGCUUUAUUUUAAUGGCAGAGGCAUUUGUACUCAUGCUUGAACUCCCUUUUCAUGAAACUGGUUAAGAUGUCCUGCUUCAUUCAUCCAAGCAGAAAAUGCCCUGGUAGGGAAUCUAGCAAAAACAUGAAAUGUUGUGGUAAGAGUUCUA